AUGAAGGAGAAGAAGGCGGAAGAGGCCACCCCGUGCCGCAGGGAGGCGCGGCCAAAGAAGAGCGAGAAGGCGGCGGAGGAAAUGAAGGGCGCCACGAAAAGCACGCUGGCGGACAGCGACGAGGACUACUCCAUCAUCACGCUGUGCACAAAGUGCCUGUCGAAGAAGACGGAGGAAAAUAAAAACAAAAUUAUCCUGCACAGUAAGGCGUUCAAGGAUAACAAAGGGAAGGGCAGAUGUAGCGUCAGCAGCAGUACGGACCCCCUAUCUCACCAUUUGAAUCUCUCCCCCUAUUUCGAUAGAUCCCAAAUUGUGCAGGAGGUCAUCCUGAUGGAUAACAACGAGCUGACAGAUGUAUACGAAUUGGACAGGUACAAACUGGGGAAGGGGUCCUACGGAAAUGUGGUCAAAGCAGUUAAUAAAAAAACGGGGCAACAAAGAGCAAUCAAAAUUAUAGAGAAAAAAAAAAUACAUAACGUGGAGAGACUGAAGAGGGAAAUUCUAAUCAUGAAGCAAAUGGAUCACCCCAACAUCAUCAAACUGUAUGAAGUGUAUGAAGACACAGACAAGUUGUAUCUGGUCCUGGAGCUGUGCAAUGGGGGGGAACUCUUCGAUAAAAUUGUGAAGCAUGGGAGCUUCUCCGAGUAUGAGGCGUAUAAAAUUAUGAGGCAAGUUUUCUCCGCCCUGUACUAUUGCCAUAGCAAAAAUAUUAUGCACAGAGAUUUGAAGCCGGAGAAUAUUCUCUACGUGGAUAAUUCGGAGGACUCCCAGAUUCAAAUUAUCGACUGGGGAUUUGCCAGCAAGUGUAUGAACAAUCAUAAUUUGAAGUCUGUCGUUGGGACGCCUUAUUAUAUCGCUCCGGAGAUACUAAGGGGGAAAUAUGACAAACGGUGUGACAUCUGGAGCAGUGGGGUGAUCAUGUAUAUCUUACUGUGUGGAUACCCCCCCUUUAAUGGAAAAAAUAAUGAUGAAAUUUUGAAGAAGGUUAAAAAAGGGGACUUCGUUUUUGACUCCAAUUACUGGUCCCGGGUGAGUGAUGACGCGAAGGAUCUCAUCUGUGAGUGCCUCAAUUACAACUACAAAGAGAGGAUAGAUGUGGAGGGGGUUCUAAAUCACAGAUGGUUCAGGAAAUUCAAAACGAAUAAUAUUGUCAUCAAUAAAACGCUCAACAGGGCACUUAUCGAAAAGUUUAAAGAAUUCCACAAAUUGUGUAAAAUAAAAAAGCUAGCUGUUACUUGUGUGGCUUAUCAGCUAAACGAAAAGGACAUUGGGAAGUUGAAAAAAACUUUUGAAGCUUUUGACCAUAACGGAGAUGGAGUGCUGACCAUUUCAGAAAUAUUUCAGUGCUUGAAAUUGAAUGAUAAUGAGUUAGACACGGAACUGUAUUUUCUUCUGAAGCAACUGGACACAGAUGGGAAUGGACUCAUCGAUUAUACCGAGUUUUUGGCCGCCUGUUUGGACCACUCCAUCUUUCAGCAGGACGUCAUUUGCAGAAACGCCUUUAACGUCUUCGACUUGGAUGGAGACGGAGUGAUCACCAAGGAGGAGCUCUUCAACAUCCUCUCCUUCAGCGCUGUGCAGGUCUCCUUCAGCAAGGAAAUCAUUGAGAACCUCAUCAAGGAGGUGGACGCGAACAAUGACGGGUUCAUCGACUACGACGAGUUUUACAAGAUGAUGACCGGGGCGAAGUAG